CUCGAUAGGUACACUUCAUAUCGCAAUCGGUUUUAAUUCCAAUUUUUCCUUAGUCAAACACUUCAUUUUAAAAUUCUUUGGUAGUAGGUCGGAUUGAAAUAAGUUCACAUUUCUGGAUUAGUGUAUAAUGUUCACAGUGGAUGCAAGCGAAGGAUCAUCAGUUGUAAACGAGACUCCAUUAAAAAGCCAGUAAGUGCACGGUAAUCCUGGUUAAAAAACAGGGCGCAUUUAUUUUCGCAGGCUCCUAAAGACAUAAAACACGAAAUGCUAAUAUACAAUACAGAUUCCACGAUCAGAAGUUGGUUGAGCACUUUUGCCGGCAGACGCAGCUGCUCAAGCUGGUCCAGGUCUCCUCUGGCCGCUUUGUGGCGAACUAUAUGAGCUCCCGGCGGCCAGAGGACCUGCUGGCCCCCAUCCAGCUGCGCCUGGACUUCGAAUACCGGCAACUACUCGAUAUCUCACCGCAACUACUGCAGCUCAUCGUCGAGGAACCGCUGCAGUUUCAAGAAGCGGUCCGCUACUCGGUUUAUGGCUUGAUCCGCUCACAUCUCAAGGACGCUGGCCUGAAGCCCAUCGAUAUCAACCAGCUGCACGCCCACUGGCGCCUGGUGGGACUGCCCUUUACGCCGGGCCUGCAGUUCGAGCCGCGGGACCAGUUGACCCGGCUGGGCUUGUCCCAGAUCCGGGGCAUCCUAGCCGCUUUCACGCCGCAAGAAACACUGGUGUCAGUUUUACAGUUUGUACAUGUCCUGGCAGAGAAUUGCAAUGUUCCCCUAGUUUGCUUUGGUGUGCUUUUUCCACAUUUUUCUUAUUCGAUUUGGUUAUGUUUGGGUACUAUGUAUCCUGUCAUGCCUGAUUAAUUAUAGUUAUAGUUCUUAACUAACCAAGCUAGCCAAGCUGGUUUACCCUUUUUGGUUUAGUUCAAGAGGGUUUUAAGCUUAGUCUCUUAAGUGUAAAUACCAACCUACAAAAGAAGUAUAUCUAUAUCCCAUUAACUUUCUAUGAAUGUUCAUUGUUGUUAAAGUUAAAAAAGCAUGGAUCGUAUUAUCGUUAUUUUUUAUUUAAGUGGGUUAAUGGUAUUUAUUAUUUGUCUAUUGCAUGUAUUAUUUUCUUAUGCUUUAGGCAAUAUCUGUUUCUAAACAUAUUAAUUAUAAAACACACAGCUGCUCUGCUAGGGUGUACCAAUCUUUGAUAAUAUGUGUAAUUUAUAUCCUGAUAUUCCAUUGUAGCCUACAAUCGAUCUGGUACUGCGGCAGUGGCUGUAUGCGAAAUGCCAUACAGACCAGCUCAACAGAUGCACCCUUUUGUUCGAGCUGCUCGCGGCCCAUGAGUGAAUACCAAAAGCUGCGCGUCACGGAAACCUAUCGUAUCUUGGCUGUCUUGCCUAUUUCGGCAGUUCAGACACCUCGUGUCACCAAUUGCCUUCAUCGCCCAAAAUUAGUUCGCCUUAGAGCCCACGCCCACGACUGCGAAUUAAAGUUGGGUGCUAGCUACCUAAUCACUGGAUACUUUGCGAGCUCAGCCAGCACAUAUCAACUGGAAGCAUGUCAUCUACGAAUAAACUAGAGAAAAAGGACCCUCGUAGGCACAUUCCCCUCCAGCUUAAUGUUUUCUUGCGCAACGAUGACGAUGGUGAAGUUCGUGAAGUUACUCAAAAUGCCAACACAAGCUCCAUAGGCACCAUACCAUCGAAUGGCCUGGUCGAAAGCGAUGUGACGCCUAUUAUGACUCCCACACCGAAGGCCGGUGUCUACAAACCAAAUGUUAACGUCUGGCGCUUAUCUAAAGAAGUCACUAAGCCUGAUCGUAGCUUUGUUGUGAGUGCCGAAGAGUAUCCUGAUUUGGGCCAGCGCCCGAAGAGAUUCAAACAACGAACGCCGCGGGUGCGUAAUCAAGAUGACGGCGGCACUGUUUCGUGCCUUGCCAGUCGUUUUAGUCGCGUAAAAGAUCCGCCUGUGCUGGGUAACUUUUUGCCGGAUUUCAUGCUUCCGAAAUCGAGCAACAGCAAUCAUCAAUCGGUGACCACUUGGCUGUCGUCAGUACGUCCUAGCGACAGCCAAAAGUCUUUAAGCGACCAGGCACGUUGCUCUUCUUCGACCAAUAUAACACUGCUGAGUAAAGAUUCAGUACAGCCGCUGACGCCAAAAAGUUCUGCCCAGUCCUCUCCGGGUGAGAAGAAUAUCCAACAGGAGCAGAAUACUCCAGCUAAAUCCCAACAGGAGGAGACAAGUCCGGCUAAUUCUGUCGAGCAUCAGCAGAAAACACCUAACUCUCCAAAGGAGCAGCAGAAGAGUUCUGUCGGUUUUACUAACAUGCAGCAGAUGGCUUCCGCCAAUUCUUUACAGCAGCAAAACAGUUCUGCCAGUUCCUUACAGCAGCAGAAUAGUUCGGUCCAUUCCUUACAGAAGCGGAAGAGUUGGGUCAAUUCUUCACAGCAGCAGAGGAGUUCGGUCAAUUUCAUACAGAAGCAAAGGAGUUGGGUCAAUUCCUCGCAUCAUCAGAAGAGUUCUGCCAGUUCUUUACAGCAGAAGAGUUCUGAAAAUUCUCCCAGCAAAUUCCAACAGCAGCAACAGAAGAGUCCUGCCAAUAAUGAAAGGAGCCAAAACAAUCAGAAGUCUCCUGGCAUUCAGCACUCUUGGAAACAACAACAGCAGCAGAAGCCAAAGAUUCUUCAGAAUUGUCCGAAAACUUCUGUUCAGCAGCAGAUGAACCCUGUUAAUCAUACUCAGUCGCAAUCAGAGAGACCUACCGAGCUCAUUUACUUGCACUCAAGGAGCCCUGCGAAGAGAGCUUCAGUUACAAACAAUUCUUCGGCACCAAUCCGCAUUGCGCCCAGACAGCAGACCACUCAAUCUUCGGGUCCCAGUGUUGUCCACAAUGAGGACGAGGAUGUUAUGCCGCCGACGCCUAAUCAAAGUGAGAGAAGGCAGAGGAGAUUCCCACGUCGCAAUCACAACCCCCGGAUGGUGCGCAGUCUGCAGGCGGUAAGUCGAGAGUUUACAGAGUCCUUGCUUGAGGGAUCUUCAGGGAAAACGCCGGAAAAAGAGGUGGUGCCGUACCAGCAACAGGAGAAACCGCGCCAGGUGAAAAGCUCACCAGAAAUCCAUGCGAGCAGCCACAUGCGAAAAUUGGCUAUGGGCAGCGUUUUGAACUCAAAUGCUAAGGAGUUCCACCCUACCGGAGAAUCCCAUCUAACCCACAAAGUGUCUAGAUUGAGCCAAAGACGCUGUCGACAGCGUUUUACGCGCUCUUUGCACGCGAAAAAAAAUAACCCACGCGAGCAACUACCAAAUCCUGACAGCGCCCCAGAACCAAUACUCGAAUACACCUCUGAGAUAGAUGAUCAGCCAUGUCCACCACGACAGACAGUCGACACACCGAUCGAAGCCAUUGUACCACCGGCAAUGAUCGAGGUGAGUGCCACCGGCAAUCUGCCGCCCGUGUUCUAUUUUGAUCAGCAGUCGGGAAUUAUAUGGAGCAACUCGUCACCACAAAUUCCGGUUGAAAUCCAAAGCAACAGUGUCAGCCAGUCGGUUUUUCGGCUAGCCAGUCUCCCGUGUACAGGGGUUGGCACCACCAAUAUGGAUAUAUUUACCAGUUCGCCACCCCCCAUCCAGCAUAUGAGCUCCAGCCGCCUCCCAUCCAGCAUUUCCGGGCCCACCCAGUUAUCGCAUACUCUCAGUUCGCCGCCGGUGGAGAACCAGCACCAGCAACACUUGUGGGAAUCAUGCAUCCACCAGGACGAGGACCUAAUGUACAGCAGGCCUCUGUUGGAUAUGGAUCAGGAGGAAACCCAGCCGGAGCAACAGGACCAGGAAUGGCAGUGGGAGUCGGAGAUAGAGCCCCCGAGUUUCCAGUCGGAGAACCAGGUCGUCGCCGACGAACACGGCGAGGAAAACGCGUACCUCGCUAAGGACGCAGGACCACCACUCGAGCGUCAUAUGAUAUUUCGAGCCCCAUCACAGCACGGCCAAGAAUAUCCCAAGCCGGAUCUAAACUGCGUGCCGUCCAGCAUCAAGAAACUACAUCACUUGAUCUCAUCGCAGUAUUCUGACUACUCCUUUGUCUACGCCCUAAGUGCUCAGAUCAGUCAGGACUGUGUGCCUAUGGAUUGCUUUGUGUACCUGAAGAUGAUACUGCUGGCCAGUAUCGUUUCAAUCGAAUCUGAUGAGGUGCGGGCUCCAAUUUCGCUAUGCAUAAUCGCCACCGACAGCCUGAUGGCCAACCGUCUACUUAACAAAGUGGGCCAACUGGCACCACGUUUCCUGGGACCCCACGAAUACGGACUGCAGCCCACUUUCAAUGCCCUGCCCACGCGCUUUAAUUGGAUAGUGGCCAGUCCUUUACUAUUGGCACAACAGGGAGUUUACUACGCCGGCGAUUGGAAUCGUCUGUCCAAGGAUCAGGGAUGCCAGCUGGAAAAGUGCAUCGAAAAUGGAGCGGUCCCAGUUCCGCAGUUGCACAUCGAUCAGCCCUUAAAGGCAGCCGUUUGGACUUACUGGCAGCCGAACAACUCCACCAAUCAAACACUGGCCCUCGCCAAACUGUGCCCAAUCUUCGGGCUGCCAAUUUAUAUGGGUGCUCAGGCCAGCAAUAGUCUCUGGAACUCUAUAAUUCAGAAGCACAACGCUGAGGGUCAAAUUGUAGUCAACGAUGGCUUGAGCAUUCCCGAGGACGAUAUGCGCAUGCUUAUACAUCUGUUGCAUCAGCGCAAGACCACCUUAACCGAUGGCGCUCAGCAUAUGCUGCAAAAGUAUUAUGUGAUCUCCAGGAAAGAGCGACCGAAUGUCUUCUCUAGCAAGACCUAUAUAGUGCUGAAGCAAUUAGCUGAGUGCUUUGCCAAGCUGGCGCUGCGGCUGGAGGUCCUUGAAUCGGACGUUUGUGUGGCCAUCUUUCACUGCGAGCAUUUCGUGCAGGGCAUUUUCGGGGCCAAAGAAAACCAGGCACCGCCGGCGGUCUUCAAUUUCAAUGUGAUCUCCUGCAUCGAUCCGUACAUGAACAAGUUUACACGCUGGUUACUUCAGUAUCUGAAUAGCUACGAGGACGAGGAGCUGGGGAUGCACGCGGAUAAGAGGCGGCGCACAGAUAGCUGGGACAUGCCCUAAACGCCUGGCAUAGAUCCCUAUAGACCAACUUGGCAUUGAUUUGGCAUUACUCGUAGAUUUAUAACCAUCGCACACUGGACCAAUUUUGAAUACCUUUUGUAGUUUUAUACAGAUAAAUUUACAGCACAUGUGUUUGUAAACAAAAUCGGCACUAUAGCCACUAGAUACUACACCCUAGCCAUUCUCUACUACACAAACAACACCUGAAGCGUUCAAAAACGAAGACUAUAUUUGUAAGCAUUCACACAUAGCCGACACAUACAUACAUCCCCCAUCUCCUCCACAUUCAGUAUCUUUUGAUUCAUUCGAUAUAUGUUUUGUGUAUAUCGCAAGCUAAUCGCGGAUAGUUUUAAAAAUUUAAUUCGCGAAAAUCAGGAAAAUUUUGGAAUAAUCUUGUACCGUUGUUAAUCGCUAAUCAACGAUGUUUUUGCUAAUUUUUUGGAAGCUAUGUACUUGUAAAAUUGUUUUUGGGACAAGUAUUAAAAUUAAAUGUGUGGCCAAGAAUCUAUAUAGUUUUGUUUUUUAUAAAAACCAUAUUUCCACAGAAUAUGCUUACACCUGAAAUGAAUUGUUAACAAUACAUAAAAUAGUUACAUUACGUCGGGGACAUCAGGAAUACUUUACAAAAGUUAUAGUACAUAAAAUAAGGAUGCCAUAGAUAUUUUUAAAAAUAUAUGGUAAGAAGUGUUUACUUUUUGGAGAAUUUUGGAUUUUUUUUCUCAACUUCAAGUCCAAGGAAAACUAUCUACUUAUAAAAAAAGUAGUACUUUAAUUUUUUUGUUAAUAAGAAUUAAACCUAAAUGCCAAGAAUAGUCAAAUAGUUUUUUUUUUUGGAUUUUAUGAUAAAAGACAAUAUUUCCACAGAAAACCUGAAACAGGCUGUGAAUAAAUGUAACUUAACAAUAAUUAAGAAAUGGACACCAAGAAAGUUAGUAAGUAAAUAAAUAAAAGAAUGUCAAACAAAUUUAAUUGUUUUUAAAUGCAGAACGCUCAAUUACUUUGUUGACUACGUUAACUAUGUAAAGUCAACAAAAUGUUAAGAAUACUCUGAAUACUUCCGUUUCGAAUCGAAUAAAAAUCAUUUGUUUAUUU